AUGCAACGGCAAACAGUUGCAACGAGUCUCCUACGGACAACGCUCACGCAAAUGGCAGGAUCUCCCGAUGGCAGCAAUCCUAUUGUUUUAAACAUAUUGUACAACGUAUGUGCGUGCGUGCUGGCGCUGCUGCUCGGUACAGCGCUUAUGAAGCAACUGUGUGACUAUAUAAAAAGAAAAGGCUACAUUGAGAUCCAGCAGGAUGACCGCGGUAUGUUCUCAAAUGUGCUUAUGGGAACAUCUGACUCGUGGGAACACUUGCCUGCUACGACGGAUGACGCAGCCAUUUAG